AUGUCGGCGGGCCUCUCGAUGGGGCACCUGUUGCCAGGGCAUGACACCCUCAGCGCGGAGACGCUGAACCUGGCAGGCCCACCCGCGUCCGCUGCAGCGGCGCCGGCGGGGGGGACCGCUCCGCACGCGGGCCUCGCCGAGGCCCUCAGGGCGCACUUCACGCCAGAGGGCUUCGUGUCCCCGCUGCCGGUCGGCCCGCUGGGCAGCGCGACGGGCCGCAGGUUCUUGGCGCUGUGCUCGCGGGAGGAGGAGCGGGCCGCCGCGGGCGCCUCGGACGCCCAAGGGCUCUGCCUGAGCCUUACUGUCGCGGGCUGCGCCUGCGGCGUGUUCCACGGGCACUUCGGGCCCCGCGAGCUCGAGGGGCUGCGGCGCGAGGUAGGCAUGGGCGAGUUCGCCUGGGCCACCUUCCUGAGGCUGCUCGCAUCCGCGCUCCGCGGGGAGGGCGGCUGCGCGGCCACUGUCGAGCGCAGGGUCGGCGGAGGCGCGUGGCUGCACCUGCGCUUCCAGCUGGAGGCCGCGUCGCUCGUGGGCCGCGCGGAGCUGGCCCAGCGCGCGGCGCCGCCCGCUCCAGCUCCGCCAGGGGCCGAGGCGUACCUGGAGGAACUACAACGCUUCCUCGAGGGCGGGGGCGGGGCCCAGCGCACGCGCGCGCCGUCCAC